GCGGUUUGGCCCCGCCCUGUUGGCGGCCGAGAGAGCGUCUGUGCCUCUUCUGAUUGGCUUAGCCUUUCGCGGUUUCCUGUAGCUCGUCUCGCCAUUGGCCCGGGGCGGCGUGGAGUUGGAAUGUUUGCAAAAGCGAAGGAAUUUCAAGGCGCACGCGGUGGGAAGAGCACCGGUGGCCACAACAAUAUUGGCGAGAAGGGCGGGGCACGGGAGUAGGGGAUAACGCGGUCGCCGCAAGUGUCUGGCGGCUGUCCGGCUGGCCAUGCUUUUAGCUCAGGGUACAGUUUGCCACCAAGGUCCUGAAGGACUGCUGGCCACUGAUGCCGCCGAAGAGGAGCCUCGCUACCUGGGGAAGGCGACUUUGGAGACGCGCUACCGCCUGGGAGCAUUGAUUGGUAGCGGUGGCUUUGGCACGGUUUACUCAGGAACGCGGCUCAGCGAUUCUCUCCCGGUGGCCAUUAAAUAUGUUGCCAAGGACCGAGUCUUGCAGUUCCAUCACAUGAAUGGCACCCUUGUUCCACUUGAAGUCGUUUUGCUAAAGAAGGUGUCAUCCCCAGGUUGCCAAGGCAUUAUCCGCCUCCUGGAUUGGUUUGAACAGCCUAACUCGUACUUCAUUGUUAUGGAGCGCCCCCUUGUCUCUCAGGAUCUGUUUGACGUCAUCACUGACAGGGGUCCACUCCCUGAAAGUUUGGCCGCUGGUUAUUUCCGGCAGGUGGUGGAGGCGGUGCACCACUGCCAUUUGUGUGGCGUAUUGCACCGGGACAUCAAGGACGAGAACAUUUUGGUAGACCUCCUGCAGGGUGAUCUAAAGCUCAUAGACUUUGGUUCAGGUGCAUUGCUUCGGGAUUCUCCAUAUACAGACUUUGAUGGCACCCGGGUAUACAGCCCUCCUGAAUGGAUAAAGUACCACCGGUACCAUGGCCUGCCUGCCACCGUGUGGUCGUUGGGCAUACUGCUUUACGAUAUGGUGUGUGGGGACAUCCCUUUUGAGCGUGAUGAGGACAUCCUCCUUGGGAAACUCCACUAUCACUGCAGGGUAUCCUCAGACUGUCGUCAUUUGAUUGAAUGGUGCCUCUCGCUAGCCCCAGAGAAGCGACCGUCCCUGGAGCAGAUCCUGGCCCAUCCCUGGCUCCUCGCCUGUUUGGAACAAUGUGGACGCAAAGCGCAGCAGCCCACAGUCCCUAAAGCCGGCACUAGCCUGUGACUAUGGUGGCCUCUGGACAGUAUUGGGUCAGGCCACCACACAGGGGGCAAAUGCAUCUCAGCUUCUCCUGCAACGACAGGCUGACGUAAUAAUUGCCUUGUUAUUUCUGCUGAUAGCUGAGCGGCUGCCCCUGAUGCAGGUUUUGCAGCUGGGGGCGACUCAUGAAAUCCCUCAUCUAUGGCAGUGACCCUGCGCACCCAACUAGACAAUGGGGUCUGGCAUGCAGCCCCGACCCCAAGUCAAUAGAGACCAAUGGGCACUGCUCUGUUUACACAAGGACUCUGCCUGUCUCCAUGUACUGGAGAUGGGUGAAGAAGACUGGCCCCAAGCAAACAGUGUUUAAAGCCUUCAGUGCUGGUUUCCUCUGGUACACCAUCUGUAUUGGAAUUUGGAGGACCUUUGAACUGGCCAUAAGGCAGCAGGACUGGAUCAGUGUUUGCUGUAAUGCGGGUGUAGGGUGAUUGUCUCUUUCAAGGUGCCAGCUUCUUAUUUAUUUAGCAUGACGUUCCUUUGGGACCCCUGGCUGCUUCCUCCUGUGUUUAUGCUACGCCAUCUACCUGCCAUAGUUCCGGCUGUAGAAAUGUUUUCUCCAAUCCAAUCAGCAGUGGCGGCUGGUGGCUCCAUGUCAGUGGGGCAGUGAAAUCUGCUCUAGGUUUUAGUCCAGUCUUGGACUGAAGCACCUUGGACAGCUCCUUGAAAGUUCAGUCUAAAACCCAGAGCGGAUUCCACUGCCCCACUGACAUGGAGCCACCAGCUGCCACUGCCAGCCAGAAAAUAACAUGGAUACUGUUAAUGACGACACUUCCAUUCCUGUCCAGCCAUUCCACGUGUGAACCCAGCUUCUAGUGCCUUCACCUGAUGGGGGGGGGUAACCUCUUCCUUUCAUUCUGUUUUAUAUGUUAGAGGGAAAACAAAGGGAGGGGGCAAAGGGGGCCUUACUUACCUAAUCAAGAAGUAAAAACAAGGGGGGGAAUCCGUAAGACAAGAUUUUUUUUCCCCCUUGAAGCUGACUUUAAAAAAAAAAAGUCUUGGCUAGUGCCAAGACUCUCCUGUACAAAUGAUGACCUCAGUUUUGUUUGCCAGUUUGAGUUGAAUGUGAUCAAAGGAAGAUUUAGGAGUUUCUGAAAGCAUUGGUUGAAUAUUCUGUCUCUGCUGGCGACCAACAGCAUGAAGAAUCCUCAGUUUCUGUUUUGACAACUUGAAGCUCUCUGUAAACAAGGAUAGCCAAUGUGGCAACCACUCAAUGUUUCCGUUGUUGGGACUCCCAGCUUGUAUCACCCCCAAUCAGCAUGACCAAUGGUAAGGGGUGAUGGGAGCUGUAGUCCGAAGAAGGUCUGGAGAGCACCAAGUUGGCUAUCCUUGCUGUAGAAGUCUCUCUUCUCGCAGGUCUCCAGUUUUGUCAGCUCCUUCUGGGAGAGUUGGGAGCUGAAUUUGGCCAGUGCUUGUAGAUGCUCCAGAGUGUCCCCCACUCCGCUACUUUGAUCACAGUCCACCCGAGUGGUGGCUUCCAAGUGCAGAUGAGGUCUUUAGUGAUGCAGAACAGGCUUGGUGGUGCCACAGAUUUUUUUCUGAAGCUGAAAUUUGUACUUUCAGCCAUGGAUGGAGUAACCCCCUCCUUUUGUGUGUGUGUUUUAGAGGCUGAGAGGAGCCCACAGCAUCAACUCUGAAACUAGUGAGCAUGUAGCCCUUGGAUCAUUGGAAAUAAUUAGGCUUGAGCAUUCUUUUAAUGGGAGGUUGUUCUUUGAAAGGGCAGUGGCAGGGGCUCUGUCAGCUCCUUUUAUUGGCCCUAGAGAGGAUUCAGGGUUUUUUUUUUUUUUUUUUUUAGGAUAGCUAGUGGUGCCCAAUUUCUGGGAGAUUUUUGGUGCUUUUCAAGCCUAGUGGUAGGACAGCCCUUCUGGCUAAGUUCCCUCCUCUCACUGUAGAAUUCCUCUAUGCCAAUUACAAGAGGAGAGGUGGAUACUGGCUCCAUGGGAGUUGCUUCUGAUAGUGCCUAAUUGAGUAUGAGAUGCAUCCUGUUCUUCAGGGAGACUUGGACAGUUACGUUCCCCUACACAGGCCUCCAUAAAUCAUGGCCAGCCUUGACUAGCCAGCCAAAAUGUGUGCUUGCCACAAACCUGCCCAUCUGCAGGGUGAGAGGGGCAGGGCCUUGUUGUCACAGUGUGUUAAGAUCCAGGGUGCCUUUUCUUUUUCCAGCUCUUGAGUUCAAAAGGGAAGCAAGGGUUCAACCCGUUGUGCUUAGCCUCUGAGAUACUUGGGAAGCAGUGAGAAGUCUGGAUGCUUUCCUGAGUCUCCAAGGCUCAGUGUGGCAUCAGGUAGACCCUCCAUCCAGUACCCUGAACACAGGACAGGACAGAAGCUCUCCCUGAUACUCAUGCACCCCAAGCUGAUACUCUGGUGAGUUGAGCAGUCUUAAAAUGGUUGCUGGUACUGCCUUAAGACACAAUUGACACAAGUGGAGCCUGGGGCAGAGUGCUAGCUGAGGGGGAUAGGGGCUGUGAGAACCAGAAUCCAGCCUGGGGAACUGCCAGCAUUUGUUUCUGACCCUGCUACCUCUGGCAACAUAGCUGAAGAGUAUUUAUGCACCAGUUCAGCAUCUGAUUUCUGUAUAUGUCAAAUCUCUUGUGUGUAUGUGUUAAUUUUGUUACUGCCUCCCAAUGCACAUUUGUGCGGCCCCUUAACACAGUGCCUCGCCCAUUUGGGCUCCAUCAUCUAAAAAGCCCUUUUCUGGGUUUAAAUAAAGUUUUUAUAAGAAAAAUA